AAAACUUUGAGUACUUUGCAGCCAUUGAAUCACUGGUGGACUAGGGUUAGGGCUGGCUAUUGAUCUUCCCGAAGAUUGCAUUGUGGAAAACGAGGAGCGUGAGGCAUGCGCAGUCACAGAUGGAGACUUGGGCGAGCAGGUCUGAGAUGGGUUGAUAUGGGUGAUUUGAAAGACUUUUGAAUGCCUUGGUCUGCCUUUACACCUUUCGAAUCUGAAUGCUCCUCUGUUUUCCCUGAACCACCUUACUACCAUCCGGUCCUUUUUUUCUUCCGCUCCUUUGACUUUUCUUCUACACGCUCCUUAGGAUACUGGAUUUCCGAUAGCUUCAGUGGAAAGCACGAACGAGUUUUCGGCACAACAUAGACGACGAAUAAUAAAUUUAGGAGGAGAACUGAGAGGUUUAAAAGGACGAGAAAGAUAUAGAAGAGCAGCUAUGGCAAUUGUCUGGAUUCACCCUGUCCGCGCUGUACAAGCCAUCCUCUCUCUCACAGUGCUUGGAUUAAUGGGCUAUGUGUCAUCAUGGUGGUCGACGCACUGGCGCCAGUCCUCCCCCUCGGAAGUAAACUUUCUGCUCUUCGCGCCCGCAUGGUCGGUCUUGGUCCUCGUCCCACUUCUCGUUAUUCCCCUCCGCUUUUCCCAUUUGCUCCUAUCGCCUGCAGCAAAGUAUGGGCUCCUAGGGCUUGAGGCAUUGACUAUGCUGUUUUGGUUUGGGGGGUUCAUUGCGCUGGCAGUGUUUUUGAGAGAUAGGAUUUGCUUUGGCAUGGUGUGCGAUGUUGCGCGCGCGGGUACAGCGGUCAGUGCGGUGAACUGGGUUGCAUGGACGGUUACGUUUGUAUUUGGUGUUAUUGGCGUGGUCAAGGGAGGUGCGAUGAGCUUUGGAAAGAAGAACACUGUCACCAAGGAGGUGGAUAUGCAUCAGGGUGUUUGAAGAAGAACGGUCAACAUCAAAUACGAGGGAGAUAUGACUGAGAGUGUCACGACGACCAUGAGGCGAAUUAUGAGAAGAGGACGGAUAGCGAUCAUCAGGCAUGAUUGCGGCGUACGGUGUUGGUUUGGAGUAGGCCUCGGAGUAUGAUGCUCUUCUAUCUUGUUAACGAGGACUUUCGUACAUACCCUUAAUGCAGCGUAUUUUUC